UUUAACGUGUCGAGAACGUAACGAGAGACAGAGCGAAAACACCAACAAACAACACACACAACACACACACCACACGCAACAACAAAAUUUCGCCGCGUUUUGUUUUCGAACGAACAACCAACAAAAUAAUUGUGUAUUAUUUUUUUGUGCGGCGUGUUAAGCGGCAGCGGCCAGCUUGCAACAAACAACAACAACAACAACAAUUAAUUUUUUUUUACUGUGAAGUGCAAGAUAACGAAAUAAAUACGAAAAUCAAGGAUUACGAAAACAUUUGGAUUACCACCAACAACAGCAGCAGCAACAAUUUUUUUUUUUGUGCACGAAAAGAAAAGUUAAAAAAAAGAAAAACUUUGUAAAAAUGCAUUUGCCCGCUGGACCCACAAUGGUGGCAAACACAAAUGCACACACACAAGUUUUGGCCGCCGCAGCGGCAGCGGCAGCGGCGGCAGCAGCCGCAGCAGCGGCAGCCACAAAUGUUAGCACACAUUCGGCCAGCAGCAGCACGGGCAGCUCCACACCCGACAACAACAGCAGCAGCAACCACAACAGCAGCAACAGCAACAACAACCAGCACAACACAAGCAACAGCAGCAGCAGCCAGAAUAAUACGACAACAACAUCAUCGACAACAACAACAAUCAGCUCGAAUUCGAAUUCGAACUCGGCGAAAAUGCCAAGCUCGAUGACCGAUAUGUUUGCCAGCCUACACGAAAUGCUGCAGGAAUAUCACGGCGAAUUGGCCCAGACAGGAUCACCAUCGAUCCUUUGCAGUGCUUUGCCCAAUCAUUGGCGUUCGAAUAAAUCGCUGCCAGGGGCAUUCAAAGUGAUCGCAUUGGAUGAUGUCCCAGAUGGCACAUUGGUGUCGAUCAAAUGCGGCAACGAUGAGAACUACUGCGGCGAAUUGAGGAAUUGCACAACGACGAUGAAGAAUCAGGUGGCGAAAUUCAAUGAUUUGCGUUUCGUUGGACGCUCCGGUCGGGGCAAAUCGUUUACGCUAACCAUCACAAUUGCCACGUAUCCGGUGCAGAUAGCCAGCUACAGCAAGGCGAUCAAAGUGACGGUCGACGGGCCGCGGGAGCCAAGAAGUAAGCAAAGCUAUGGCUAUCCACAUCCCGGCGCCUUCAAUCCGUUUAUGCUGAAUCCCGCGUGGCUUGAUGCUGCCUACAUGACAUACGGCUAUGCAGACUAUUUCCGCCAUCAACAGGCCGCCGCCGCAGCCGUCCAUCAUCCAGCGCUCUCCAAGUCCGCCAGCUCGCCCAAUGGCAGCGCCAUUUCACCUGGUGCCCAACAAUUGCCGCCUGUGGCACAGGCCACAUCGGGUGCGCCACCCAACGCUGUUGAUUAUGCCCCGCCACCAACAACAACAACUCCCCAGCACCAACAGCAACAGCAACAACAGCAGCCAGCAACGGUUGCUGCCGGUACAUCGAUGAUGGCAUCACCAACGGGCAACUCAGCGGCUGCUGCUGCUGCUGCGGCGGCUGCUGCCGCUGCGUAUGGCAUGCCACAGUUCCCAUUCAAUCAUGUGGCCGCUGCCGCUGCGGCAGCAAAGUCCACGCCCCACGCCUUCCAUCCGUACAACUUUGCAGCCGCUGCCGGUUUGCGGGCACGCAACGCAGCCGCCGCUGUGGCAACGUUGCAUCAACAUCAACAGCAGCAUCAACAUCAGCAACAUCAGCAUCAACACGGUGCCACCGAAGUUGUCUCCUCGCAUCUGAGUCCAGCAUCGUCGCGUCCAUCGAGUUCGUCGCCUACGCCGCAUGUUCUGCUCAAGUUGAACACAUCGAUCGAGACGAGUUCGAUACACGAACAAUCGGCAUCGGAUGCCGAUUCCGAUGAUGAGCAAAUCGAUGUGGUCAAGUCCGAGUAUGAACUCGAUAAAUCGAUCGAUUCGUCGCGCAGUUCGCCAACGCAACACAUUCAAGUGCCGCUUCGCAUGCGUUGCGAUCUGAAGGCGCCGUCGGCAUUGAAGCCGCUGUAUCAUGAGACAAAUGUGGUGGCAGCCACUGUUGGUGUAACGCAGACGGAGACAACGUUGCCGGCGGCAACGAAGCUCAAGAGCGCUGCCGUUCAGCAGAAGACUGUGUGGCGACCCUACUAAAGUAAGGGUAUCCAUUCAAGAAUACCCUUUCCAAACAAAAACACACAGAGUGAUAGUUCGAUGCAGUUAAAAAGAAAACAAAAGUUAAUAUGGAGGCGCAGAGCGGCAGCAACAUUGUGAUAUAGUCAUAUAAGUUAGACACAGCACACACACACACACACACACACACACACACACACACUACAACAACAACUGAGGAAAAGGACUCCGGCCGGCAAACGGAGGAAAUGGUUUAUUAUUAUUUUUUUUUUUUUUGUGGAUUAUUAUGAAUGGGGAAGUGACGGCGAGCUCCCUCGAAGUUUUAUGCUCGCUUCAUAAAAUCGUGCGUUGAGUUCGUUACACACACACACACACACACACACACACCAAGCACUUUAAGGUAGAAAUGAACACCCUACAACAAAAACAUAGACAAAGUUUAAACAAAAAUUUCAUCGAUCGCCACGCAGCGAACGCUAAGGAAAAUAUUUAGUAACAACAAAAAAAAAACCCUUUCGAUAUCCGCAAAAACACAAAAAUGUAUAGUUCAAUUUUAUGCUUUUAUUUUCA